UCUUCCGAGUCACAAACUUCAUUAGUUUGCUGCUAUAACUGAAAGACAGGAGAGAGUCAUCAAGUUAUUAACCUAUGGCUCUAUCAAGGAACUGCUCACUUUGUCUGAAACUUGGAUUUACAUUGGCUCUUUUAUUGUCUCUAGCAUUUCUUCCUUCCCAAUCAGUGAGUAUGGCUAGGAAGAUGAUAGGGUCAAGACCACCAGGGUGUGUAAACAAGUGCAUGACUUGCCAACCAUGCAAGGCAACUCUAGUCAUUUCACCCAGCCUGAAGAACAAGGGCCCUAAUAAUACAGAUCCAUCUAAAAGACAAGAUGAUACCUAUUACCUCCUUUCUUGGAAAUGCAGAUGCAGAGAUCAGAUCUUUCAACCUUGAUCCUCCACUAUCCAAUUUCAGUAGCUUAGCCUUAUAAGGAGAAAAAUUAAUUAGUAGUACAAGUGUAUAUCUAUGCAUCAUCAGGGAACUGCUGUUUUUGUAAUGGAUGCUAUAUAUGCAUGCUUAAUUAAGUACUUGAGUGAGGCCAAGAGUACUUG